CUGGCAUGGAGGCAGAUGGCUUGGAGUGGCUGGUGGUUCCAAUGCACCAGCUGGUUUCCUGGGGUGCAGCUGGUGCAAUGGUAUUUGGAGGUGUGGUGCCAUACAUCCCCCAGUACAGAGACAUCAAAAGGACACAGAAUGCAGAGGGCUUUUCAACCUAUGUGUGUCUAGUAUUAUUAGUAGCAAAUAUUUUGAGAAUACUCUUUUGGUUUGGAAGGCAUUUUGAGUCCCCUCUUCUGUGGCAAAGCAUUAUCAUGAUCAUUACUAUGUUACUGAUGCUGAAACUAUGCACUGAAGUACGUGUGUCAAAUGAACUGAACAUAAAACGUCGCUCCUUUUCAGCUGCAGAUAGUAAAGAUGAAGAAAUCAAAGCACCUCCCAAGAGAUCCUAUCUGGAUUUUGACUUGAACUAUUUUUGGCACUGGAGCAAGUUUACAGACUACGUGCAGUGUGUUCUGACUUUCACGGGGGUGACAGGAUACAUCACUUACCUCUCUCUCGACUCAUUUCUCUUUGUGGAAACACUGGGCUUCCUGGCUGUGUUCACUGAGGCCAUGUUAGGCGUUCCGCAGCUUUACCGUAACUAUCAGAACAGAUCGACAGACGGAAUGAGUGUCAAGAUGGUGCUGAUGUGGACCAGCGGCGAUACCUUCAAGACUGUUUACUUUAUCCUGAACCAGGCUCCUUUCCAGUUCUCCAUUUGUGGCCUGCUCCAGGUCUUUGUGGACAUGGCCAUCCUGCUACAGGUUUACUUCUACAGCUACUACCCUCAAAAGCCAGCAUCGCACACUGCACACCCAGCCAGUACAAAGGCACUCUGA